GUUGCACAGGGCAGGGAAAGAGUGUGGAGAGUGACCAGGAGCCAGCCCAGAGUUCCCCAGGCCCCUGUGCAGCUUUGGCCAUGUCCAUUGACAUCUGGCUCCCACAGCCUUACCCAACUGCCUUGCAGUGCCCAUUUCUCAGAGGCAGAAGGGGAUGCCAGCACACCCUGAAAUAUGUUCUCAUCUGUGCUCCGUUCUAGAUGAGGUUGAUGGGAAGGCUCCUCCAUUAGCUUGGCUGAAUGAAGUUCUGAAGCCCUUGGAGCCUCCUGCAGCUGUGUCUGCAGGGAGAAAUUUUCCUGCCCCUUUGCUGAUUGCUCCACGCAAGCCCGGCUCCAUUCGCAGGGGUCCUCCGAGAGGGAAGAACAAACCUAGAGGAGGGAAGGAAUCGCUUGAGUCAAACAACAUCCUGAAACAAAUAGUGAAGAAACUGCACAAAGGGCAUGAGAUGGAAGGAGAGGCUGUGCUAAAGGCUGAGUUUCCCGGAGGAACCAGUGGCUCAUUGGCAGCCUCUGCUGCAGGAAGGGAGGCGAUGCCAGGCACAGUCACUGGAGAUUGGGAUCGCAAAUUGGAUUAUUUGGAAGCCCUGCUGGAAAAUGGCUUGAAGAUCUUGGAGGAUGUUGGAGCUGAACCUGUUGCUGAAGGUGGUGCAGCUUCCCAACCCAUACCCAGUACUGACCCUCUGGGAGAUGCUGAGGUUACAGGUGUGUCUGCAGAGAGGACUUUCCCAGGACCUUUGGUGGAAGUUGCACACAAGCCCAGCUCCCAUCACAAGGGUCCUCAGACAGAGAAGAUCAAAGACACAGCAAACAAGAUAUCCCUGGAACCAUCUGAACUCAUGUGGCAAAUGCUGAGGGAAAUGCUGCAGGGAGGACAAGAGAUGGAAGGAGAGGCUGUGCAGAAGGAAGCAUUUCCCAGAGGAAGCAGUGAUUCUGUGCCAGCCUCUGCUGCAGGAAGGGAGGCGAUGCCAGGCACAGUCACUGGAGAUGAGGCUGAUGGGAAGGCUUCUCCAUUAGCUUGGCUGAAUGAAGUUCUGAAGCCCUUGGAGCCUCCUGCAGCUGUGUCUGCAGGGAGGAAUUUUCCUGCCCCUUUGCUGAUUGCUCCGCGCAAGCCCGGCUCCCUUCGCAGGGGUCCUCCGAGAGGGAAGAACAAACCUAGAGGAGAGAAGGAAUUGCUUGAGUCAAACAACAUCCUGAAACAAAUAGUGGAGAAACUGCACAAAGAGCAUGAUGAGGCUGAUGGGAAGGCUUCUCCAUUAGCUUGGCUGAAUGAAGUUCUGAAGCCCUUGGAGCCUCCUGCAGCUGUGUCUGCAGGGAGGAAUUUUCCUGCCCCUUUGCUGAUUGCUCCGCGCAAGCCCGGCUCCCUUCGCAGGGGUCCUCCGAGAGGGAAGAACAAACCUAGAGGAGAGAAGGAAUUGCUUGAGUCAAACAACAUCCUGAAACAAAUAGUGGAGAAACUGCACAAAGAGCAUGAUGAGGCUGAUGGGAAGGCUUCUCCAUUAGCUUGGCUGAAUGAAGUUCUGAAGCCCUUGGAGCCUCCUGCAGCUGUGUCUGCAGGGAGGAAUUUUCCUGCCCCUUUGCUGAUUGCUCCGCGCAAGCCCGGCUCCCUUCGCAGGGGUCCUCCGAGAGGGAAGAACAAACCUAGAGGAGAGAAGGAAUUGCUUGAGUCAAACAACAUCCUGAAACAAAUAGUGGAGAAACUGCACAAAGAGCAUGAGAUGGAAGGAGAGGCUGUGCAGAAGGAAGCAUUUCCCAGAGGAAGCAGUGAUUCUGUGCCAGCCUCUGCUGCAGGAAGGGAGGCGAUGCCAGGCACAGUCACUGGAGAUGAGGUUGAUGGGAAGGCUCCUCCAUUAGCUUGGCUGAAUGAAGUUCUGAAGCCCUUGGAGCCUCCUGCAGCUGUGUCUGCAGGGAGGAAUUUUCCUGCCCCUUUGCUGAUUGCUCCACGCAAGCCCGGCUCCCUUCGCAGGGGUCCUCCGAGAGGGAAGAACAAACCUAGAGGAGAGAAGGAAUCGCUUGAGUCAAACAACAUCCUGAAACAAAUAGUGAAGAAACUGCACAAAGGGCAUGAGAUGGAAGGAGAGGCUGUGCAGAAGGAAGCAUUUCCCAGAGGAAGCAGUGAUUCUGUGCCAGCCUCUGCUGCAGGAAGGGAGGCGAUGCCAGGCACAGUCACUGGAGAUGAGGUUGAUGGGAAGGCUCCUCCAUUAGCUUGGCUGAAUGAAGUUCUGAAGCCCUUGGAGCCUCCUGCAGCUGUGUCUGCAGGGAGGAAUUUUCCUGCCCCUUUGCUGAUUGCUCCACGCAAGCCCGGCUCCCUUCGCAGGGGUCCUCCGAGAGGGAAGAACAAACCUAGAGGAGAGAAGGAAUCGCUUGAGUCAAACAACAUCCUGAAACAAAUAGUGAAGAAACUGCACAAAGGGCAUGAGAUGGAAGGAGAGGCUGUGCUAAAGGCUGAGUUUCCCGGAGGAACCAGUGGCUCAUUGGCAGCCUCUGCUGCAGGAAGGGAGGCGAUGCCAGGCACAGUCACUGGAGAUUGGGAUCACAAACUGGAUUAUUUGGAAGCCCUGCUGGAAAAUGGCUUGAAGAUCUUGGAGGAUGUUGGAGCUGAACCUGUUGCUGAAGGUGGUGCAGCUUCCCAACCCAUACCCAGUACUGACCCUCUGGGAGAUGCUGAGGUUACAGGUGUGUCUGCAGGGAGGACUUCUCCAGCUCCUGGGCUGGAUGCUGCGCACCAACAGACCUCCCGUCGCAGGGGUCCUCCAAAAGAAAAGACCCAAGAUACUGCAGCCACAAAGUCUCAUGAGUCAAACGAAUUCCUGAGACAAACACAGAAGGAAGCACAGGGAGGACAAGUGACAGACCAAACAUCUCUGCAAAAGGAGGCACAUCCCGGAGGAAGCAGUGGCUCAGUGGCAGCCCCUGCUGCAGGAAGGAAGGCGAUGCCAGGCACGGGCACAGGCACAGGAGGUAACUGCUGUGCCGGGCUCAGCCGGGCUCAGCCCUCGGCGGGGCUGUGUGGCAGCAGCUCUUCCCCCAGGCCCUGCCCUUGCACGGCCCGGCAGCAGCCAAAGCUGGAGGCGCCUCGGCUUCCAGGCCUCUGGAGCUCGUUCACAGCCCCGGGGAAUCGGGACUCACGCACCAACGCCCCUCCCGCUGCGGCUGCUCCCGGAGCUGGCCCUGAGUGCCCAGAGGCCCAAGGCACGGGAGCAGCCCCGAGAGGGAGCCCUGCUGCGAGCCCAGGGCCAGAGCCAGCCCUGGCUCCUGACUGGGCAGGGGCUGCACUGGCUCCUGACAGGGCCUGACUCUGUCCCCUGGGGCUGGGGGAGCUGUCCCAAGGCAGGGAGGGCCAGGGCUGGUAGGGGCUGCUCAGGGAUGGGUUUGGCCCGUGUCCGUCAAAGCAGCGACUGCCCAAGCAGCUGCGCUGGCCCCGGGCUCUCCUCCCGGCCUGCUGGGCUUUGUUGGGUGGCACAGCCUGUGCCAAGGGGCGGCAAGGUGCCUGCAGGCCCCAGCUCUGGGGGAAACAGCGAACGUCCUGGCCGUAUGCACCCUGCUGCCAGCUCAGCAGUGCAGCACAGCGCGGGCUCACGCUCCCCGUUGCUCCCACAGAUGCAGCCAGCACCACAGCACCUGUUCCAGAUUCCCAGAAGAGCAUCGGAAGGGGUUUCUGUCAUGGAACAGGCUACUCGCUAGAGUU